AUGCCAAGUUGUGUAAUGUCGUAUCCGUUGAAAAGAGGUGAAAUGGUGGCACGAGAAGAUCCAAAUGGUAUUGUAGUACUAAAAUGGAGAGAUGUUCGCGAUGUCACAAUCUUAUCCACAAAACAUCCUCCCAUCAUGACUCCAAGCUCGAAUUCUACACAUCGCGAUCGUCCUACGAAAAUGAAACCUUUGGCGAUAAGAGAGUACAAUAUUGGUAAAAGUGGCAUCGAUAGAAGCGACCAGAUGGUGUCAUAUGCAACAAACAUACGAAAAACCAUCAAGUGGUAUCGCAAAUUAGCAAUAUAUUUACUUUUAGGUACAACGAUAGUAAAUGCACAUAUAGUGUAUCAGAGAGCUACACAAAAAAAAAUACAUAUAAGAAAAUUCCGUGAACUUUUAGUCACAGAAUGGUUGUCCUCAAAAGAUACUGUGCCCAACCCUAAUAGACCCAAAAGAAGGAAUCUGUCCCACCACUUGGAGAUCCGCAAAAAUCAGCAGGGGAAGCCUGUAAGAAAGAUGUGCGUACUUUGUUACAAAAAGAAGAGGAAAAUGGUCGAACGCCAACAAGCAAGAAAAAACCUUAAAAAAACAACAACGUAUUGUUUGAAUUGCCCAAAAUCGCCACAGAUGUGCUUGGACUGUUUCAACGAAUUUCAUGCAUAG